AAGCAAUAUUUGCGUUAUGUGUUGGUAAUUAUUUACCAAAUGUCAAGAAGGACGACUCAGCGCCAUGUCUCUGAAGAAAUUUCUCUCAAAGCCUAUAAAAAUUUUCCAGAAAGAUGUUAUCAACUUCCUUAUUAUACAGAGACAUGAUUUGGGGUCCAACGAAGAACAAUUCCGAUACUUAGCCAUAAAGCCUACAGCUUCAAUUUCCACCUUGCGACAGAAAAUGUGGCACAUUCUCGACCUACCAGACUAUUGUGAAGAAAUUAUCGUACUGAAAAACAAUGACAAAUUAAAAAUACCAUUGACAGAGCUACGUAAAGGCAAUGAGCCUCAUCGACCUUUUAUUUUGGAAGUUUGGUUGCCAGGUAGACAAAGGCAAUCGGCAACAUCAAAUAACAAUAUGCUGAUGGGAUUAAUAACAUCGGCAGAAGAAAAUCAACCACCAAAGAUGUCCACUGAGGUAUUGCCCGAGAGAUCUGACUGCAUAAAUACAAAUUUGGAUAAAGGACAAGAUUCGUUAACUAGAAUGACCACAGAAGCUAUGGUAUUCAAUAAGUUCGCCCCAUUGGAACGCAAGCGAGCCGGCCCAAGGUUUUCCAAUACAUCAUUCUUCAUUAAAACUCAGUCAAGGAAUAGCACCGAUAAUUUCACAAAAACAUUGUUCAAGAUACAAUCGGAUUUAACUAGUUUGCAUAACAAGCUCUCCUACUUGGAAACUAAACUAACUCAAUGAUUUAUUUUUAUAAUAAAUAAAACAAGCAUUACAAAAACAUAUGUUCCUAUAUUUCAAUAAAUUACUAAUAAUAGAAAACGUACUUUCCAAAUUGUAAAAAUU